CCACGACGCUCAUCACAACAUACCCGCUCGCGACCGCUCAAACCGCCCUUGACGCCGCUGAGGAGCCGUGCCGAGCUUGAAAUUCAAACAGCAGCUAGCUGACGAUUCUGCGCGUGUUUUGAUGCCGGCAACUUGCUGAUCGGGAUCCGUUUCCCUUUGUUUUUCUCGCGCGUUUCGGUCUGAUUUCAAAGCACUGCGAGUGCCGAAUCUCGACUUUAUGGCGCCGCCGAGACAUACCAGAAGCUUGCGAGCAAGCAGCUCUUCUCAGAAUGAUGCUGAUAACGCCGCCGGCGGCGACAACAGACGCGCUCUGCGCCAUCGAUCCUCACUCGAUACCAGCGUCAGCACCGCCUCCAACGCGGAUUCCACCUCUACUCCCUCUCGGCGACGAAGUAGCAGGCAUUCGACAACUCCCUUGGCCAGCAGCAGCAAAGCCAACGUAUCUGUGGACGCCAAGAAGCAAAGGGGGUCCAAGAGAUCAUCCCUAGGAGAGCCCGCGGUCGACAGCUCAGCAGCUCCAGUCAAGCGAGCGAGGGUAGGUCGACCGCCCAAGGCUGAGUCGAAGCCUCUGCGGACCUCUUCUAGAAUCAAGAAAGAAGAGACCGAGCAGGUGAAGAAGAUUGAGGACUCAGACGAGGAUGUUGAUCUGCUAGAUGAGGAUGGCAACAUAAUCGCCGUUCCAAAGAUCAGAAUCAAAUACUCCGUUCCCGAGCCAAUCGUCGGCCAGCCAGACCACGUUCCCGCGCCACCGAAAUUCGGAUUGUCUGUUGAAUCCUACCUCAACUCGUUCAAAUCAUUAGACGACGACGUCGACGACGUCACGUUCGAAAAGCGCAUCGCCGAAGAAGCUCACCUGCGUCAAAAGAUCGAAAAUGCAGUUUCAGAGGGCCUCAUCUCUGAACUAUCUGGAAUGGAAUCCAUCCCACAAAAGUCUCUAACAAAAGGCUUCGUCGCUCCAAAAGAUCAUCAUUCACAUUACGACCACCUGAUAUCUCAAGCCUUUUUCCUCUCCAAACUCGCCAGCGAUGAACGAAGGAGCCAUAUCUCGCGGGCAAAGAAAAUCGCCGGCAUGGUGCAGACUCAUUUUAAGAAACUGUCUGGUGCAGAUGAGAGAGAGCGCAAGGCUGAAGAGAAGAGAAUACGGCAACUCGCAAAGAAAACCGCCGUUGCUGUUAAGCGCAAGUGGAGACUUGCUGAGAAGGUUGUUCGGCAACGACUCGAAGCGCAAGCAAAAGAAAAGCAGCGACAGGCAGGAAAAGAGCAACUCAACACGAUUCUCAACCAAUCCACUCAACUGCUGGAAGCGCGUAAAGAUCAACUGAGUCGCGACAAACACGACAACUCUGAACUGGGUGACGCCGACGAUGAUAUGAUCUCUGUCAACUCUGCCGAUGCCAGCCAAGAUGAGGACGAGGACUCGUUUUCGGAAAUGGAUAUGUCUAGCGAUGACGAAGACGAGAGCGAGUCAGAAAAAGAAGACGAGUCAGAAGACGAAGAAUACGAAGAAAAUAAUGACGAUCAACAAACAACAUCCGCAACCCUCGCAGACCUAUACACACCCGAGGAGCUCAGUGCCGUGCAGCCUUCUGAAGAAACAAAUGCAGAAGCAGAAGCAGGCGACGAAGACACGUCGAUGCGUGACGCCGACGACAGCGAGUCGCAUAACGAGCGCGAAGUCUCUGCCUCACCGUCCGAACAACUCACUCCCCCAACACCGUCGAACGAGAUCACGUCGGCGAAAUCUACAGUACCUACACCUUUCUUGCUUCGUGGCACGCUCCGUGAAUACCAGCAGUCUGGAUUGGAGUGGCUCGCGGGGCUAUAUAACAAUGGCACCAACGGCAUUCUUGCCGAUGAGAUGGGACUAGGAAAAACGAUUCAAACAAUCUCGCUUCUUUCCUAUCUUGCGUGCGAGAAGCAAAUCUGGGGACCGCAUCUGAUUGUCGUUCCGACAUCAGUCAUGCUCAACUGGGAGAUGGAAUUCAAACGUUUCGCCCCGGGGUUCAGAAUCCUGACGUACUACGGCAACCCCGCGCAGCGCAAGGAAAAGCGGAAAGGAUGGACAAACGACGACAGCUGGGACGUAUGCAUUACAUCCUACCAGCUCGUUAUCCAUGACCAAGUCGCCUUCCGCCGGAAGCAGUGGCAGUACAUGAUCCUUGACGAGGCGCAUAAUAUCAAAAACUUCCGAUCCCAACGAUGGCAGGCGCUUCUUAAUUUCAAAGCUCAUCGUCGGUUGCUGCUGACCGGUACUCCGCUCCAGAAUAAUCUCAUGGAGCUGUGGUCGCUUCUAUACUUCCUCAUGCCGUCUUCUAAAUCGUCAGAAUCAGUGAUGACGAGCGGAUUCGCCAGUCUUGCGGAUUUCCAGGAAUGGUUCUCUCAUCCACUUGACAAGUUGAUCGAAGGCGAUUACUCCAAGAACGACGCCGAGGCACGGACGACGAUUUCAAAUCUCCACAAAAUCCUUCGGCCGUACUUGCUUCGCCGUCUGAAAGCCGACGUCGAGAAGCAGAUGCCGGCAAAGUAUGAGCAUAUUGUUUAUUGCAAGCUUUCAAAGCGGCAGAGGUAUCUCUAUGAUGACUUCAUGUCACGCGCGCAGACCCGGGAGACGCUGGCCUCGGGAAACUUCCUGAGUAUUAUUAAUUGCUUGAUGCAGCUUCGAAAAGUCUGCAACCAUCCAGAUUUGUUUGAAGUGCGACCGAUCGUGACCUCUUUUGCUAUGGAGAAAGCUGCCAUAACGAGCUAUGAGACGAUCGAGAAUCUUGUGCGCAAAAAGCUACUGAGAACAAACGCGCAGGAUUCCGUGGAUCUCGAGUUUCUGAACCUGGUUCCUGCUCAUGAUUCCUCGAUAUCGACUAUCGACUCCAGCAGUCUCCUGAAACUCUGCGCCAGCUAUGCCAUCAAGCGGGAUCUUGGUGAGCUCGAACCUGACGCAGGCAAUCUAGAGUUACCGGGAAGCUUCAGCAGCCUGGCGGAAUACAAAAAGACAAUGGCGCUUCGUCGCAAGACUGAGAAAUUCCAUCGUCUGCAGCACGAGUUGUACAUCAACGAUUUCCGCUGCCAGAAAGCGCCUAUCUACGGAAGCAAUGUUCUCCGGCUGUGCGAUAUUCGAUCUGAGAACGCGGCGCGGACGCGGUAUGAUCCUGCGAUCCAGAGGACUGUUGCUCGCCGGAUGAUUGUGCCGAUCAUCGAGCGUGCGAGUCAGAUGCGUGAUGUGAUUGAUCACUACGCGUGCGUGACGCCGAACGUGGUGGCGUUGAAUAUGCCGAAUCUGUUGUUUUCUGGGAUUCCUGAGGAUACGUUCUUAGACAUCCGUGCAAAGUGCGAGAACCCGAUGCAUCAGGCGCAGGUCAAGCUGUCGAUCGCGUUUCCGGACAAGCGGCUUUUGCAGUUUGACUGUGGCAAGCUUCAGCGUUUGGCGGUUUUGCUCCAGGAUUUAAAGUCCGGAGGCCAUCGCGCGCUGAUCUUUACGCAGAUGACGAAAGUGCUGGAUAUUCUCGAGCAGUUUCUUAAUAUUCAUGGAUACCGCUACCUGCGCCUCGACGGCGCGACGAAGAUCGAGCAGCGACAAAUCAUGACUGAGCGAUUCAACAGCGAUCCACGGAUCACCGUCUUCAUCCUCUCCACGCGAUCGGGCGGUUUAGGAAUCAACCUGACAGGAGCCGACACUGUUAUCUUCUACGACUCGGACUGGAAUCCGUCGAUGGACAAACAAUGCCAAGACCGAUGCCACCGGAUCGGCCAGACGCGAGACGUGCACAUAUACCGCCUGGUGUCGGAAUACACGAUCGAGUCCAACAUCCUCCGCAAAGCGAACCAGAAACGCAUGCUCGACGACAUUGUUAUCCAAGAAGGCGAGUUCACGACAGAUUACUUUACAAAGUUUUCCCUGAGCGACAUGAUCGGCACCGAAGCCGCCGAGGAACUUUUACCCAGCACCGUCAACGUGGCCGCGCCUCUUCUGGACGACAAGCCAGGAGGUCUUGAGAAAGCGUUGGCGAUGGCCGAGGAUGAGGAUGAUGUUGUAGCUGCCAAGAUCGCGAUGAAGGAGUCGAGGGUUGAUAACGAGGAUUUCUUGGAGCAGGAGAGUAAUUCUGCGACACGGGACUCGACUCCUGUUCGUCGCAAGGACUCUGCGUCUGUCUCCGCCGCCGCGACGCCGACCGCGAUCGCGGACGACGCAGCGGAGAAAGCAGCGACAGAGGAGCCAGAGGAGGAAGAGGAGGAGAACGACGACGACGACGAAGAAGAAGAAGGACAAGACAGUGAUGAUGAGGACGACGAUGGAUUUGGAAGCGUGGACGAUUACAUGAUCAAGUUCAUUGAAGAAGGCUGGUACUGGGACUAAUUUGUAGUUUUUUGUUAUUCUCUUUUAUUCCUCCAUGUUGGCGUUGAUGGUGUCUCAUUGUCUUGCUGUUUUCUACUUCUGUCAGGGAUUGAUUCCCUUGUAUAUAUAAAUAUUCAUAGGUUGCUAUUAUCAACUUUUAUC